AUGGCUGACCUUGUGGCACUUAUUUACACAUCAGUGUUAUGGACUUCAGCAUGCUGCCUGAAACAGGAGCAAGAGGAACUUUCAGCCAAAGUACCAGGCCUAUCAGUUACAGGUCUGAAUAAAGAUCCAAGGAAAACGGAGUUAACCUGGAACAAUAUUGACAAUAUCACAACACCUACAUAUGUAAUGGAAACACACAACUCACCAGUGAUGGACGAGAACUAUAUCAAAAAAGUCUGCUGUCACUUUUCUACUUGUACUCACGGAGCCAUGUUUAAAGAUUAUCUGGCCAUAUAUCAGAACAUAUCCAAAAGAGAACUCAUUUUUAAUAACACUGGAGAAGAAGAUACAGCUGCAACAAACUUCUCCUGUCUUGUUUACAAAGCUGAAUUCAUGAAUUGCACUUGGACAGUAGGCAGAGCAGCUCCAAGUGAUGUACAAUAUUAUCUUUAUUCACAGAAUACUAUGAGAAAACAAGAGACAGAAUGUACUAGUUACAUAGGAGAUUCCCAGAAAAGGCAUAUUGGAUGUCACUUUGAUAAACUCAAAGGAUUCAGAGGUGAAGGAUACUUCCUCGUAAUCGGUACCAGCAAAAAUGUCAAAAUAAAAAAUUUUUGCUCUAAAAAAAUUUCACUAUUUCGUAUAGAAAAGUUCAGUCCACCAUCUAAUAUCACUGUGAACUGCUCCAAAUCAAAUUGUCUUAUACAAUGGCAGAAACCCAAAACAAGACUUACAACUGGUGAUGGUGAAUUGGAAUACCAGUUUCACAUACAAAAAGAGGGUUCUCCGGAUACUCCCAAUGAGCUGUUUAAAAUAAGGGGAACUGAAAAAAAUGAAUAUGAGUAUCCACUUUAUGACACAGAAGCGAAGUAUAUCUUGAAAAUGAGAACAAAUCAUCGAAAUGGGAAUUGGGGUGAUUGGAGUGAACCUAUAGCAUUUGGAGGUUCUAAAGAACAAAAACUCAGUCUUAUAUAUAUUUAUGUAUUACUUGGGACAGCGCUCAUUACACUAUUCAUCUUCUUUAUCUUUAAAAGGCCCAGCACCCUAUACACUGUGUUAAUAAUUAGUUAUAGCCAAAAAUGGGAACAACUUUUUCGGAAGGUGGAAGAUACUCCUUUGUUAAAGGUGGAUCAUAUCAUCUGGGAAGAAUUUAAACAACCUGAAAAAUGUGAAGAAAUUAUGACUAUAGAUGUAAUAGGAUGA